GGACUCCGGCGGGAGGGCGGCAGUGUCCACUUAGGAAUCCCGUUUCGGGGCCGCUGCGUGCGGCUGCUUUCGCCCCCGGCCCGGUCCGGGAGUCCGAAGGGUUUGAGGCGCGGGAGCUGAAGCUUCAGCAGAGCCCUGAUCUAGGAACAUCUCGAUGGCCCUGGGAGAAGAAAAGGCAGAGGCAGCCGUGGACGCCAAGGCCCCGUGCCCUGGGGGGUGGAGCUGCCCGGAGCAGGAGCUGGACCCUGCAGGGCCUGCGCACGGGGAGCAGCCGCCCCACCUGGAAGCCGAGGGGGAGCCUGCCUCCCCUGUCGGGGGUGCCCAGGGGCUCCCUGCCUGCCACGGUGGGGCUGGCCCUAGCCCCUCGGGAGCCUGCCAGCUGCAGGCCAACGGGGCCAGCAGGGAGCCGGCAGCGGGUGGGUCUAAGCCGGCUCUCAGUUCCCUGCUUCCCCCUGCCAGCCUGGGGACUGGAGAUUUGCACUCCAUGAGAAGCCAGAUGGAGGAGACUAGGCUUUCUGCCUCAGAGGAGCUACCUCAGACUCGCACCAUUCCCAGAACCACCGCUCUUUGCUCAGGACAUGAUGCCGACACUGAAGAUGACCCGUCCCCAGUGGAGUCGCCGCAGGUGCUAGACCACAGCCCACAGUCUCACAUCUCGGGGUUCCCGUUCCCGUCAAGGUGGAGGUCCGCCGUGAGCCCAGGUGCCACUGCGCCUCAGUCUUCCAGCUGCAGCGUCUCUGCCUCAUCCCCGGGCAGCAGCCUCCAGGGUCACCAGGAGAAGGUGGAGCCUCAGAGUUGCUCCCUUGCCAAGGUCUCCUCCUCCCUGGAGCUGGCUGUGCCGCCGUCGGCCCCCUCGGUGGUGGGGCUGGGGCCUCGGUUCCAGUGGUCGCCCCAGCCAGUGUCCUCAGGGGGCGAUGCUCCCGGGCUGGGCAGGAGGCGCCUCUCCUUCCAGGCCGAGUACUGGGCCUGCGUGCUGCCGGAUUCCCUGCCUCCCUCCCCUGACCGCCACUCCCCGUUCUGGAGCCCGAAUAAAGAAUAUGAAGACCUACUGGACUAUACUUACCCCCUCAGGCCCGGGCCUCAGCUCCCAAAACACCUUGACAGCCACGUGCUGGCUGAGCCCGUCCUGCAGGACUCAGGUGUAGACCUGGAUAGCUUCUCCGUCUCCCCAGCAAGCACUCUGAAGUCACCCACUAAUGUCUCGCACAGUUGCCCACCAGCAGAGGCCGCUGCCCUGCCGUUCUCAGGGCCCAGAGAGCCGAUCUCUAAGCGGUGGCCCUCUGGAGUACCCCAGAAGCAGGGCAGUGUGGGGUUGGCAUCUUGUAGCCCCCUUGCCUCUACCCCCAGAGCCCCAGGCAGUAGGGACACUCCUUGGGAGAGCAGAGAGCCAGCCCUGAGGGGCAUGAAGCACUGGCCACCUGUGGGCAAGCACCUUGAGCUGGGCUCUCCCCACCUGAGAACACGGGACAGAGGGUGGCCCUCACCCAGGCUGGAAAGGGAGAAGGGGGCCAGCCAGGGUAUCGGGCGCUUCGCCUGCACGGAGUCUGGAUGGAAACCACAAGAGGAGGUGGAAAGUGAUGACGAGUAUCUGGCCCUGCCCUCUCGGCUGACGCAGGUGUCUAGCUUGGUGUCGUAUCUGGGUUGCAUUCCCACCUUGGUGCCCCUGCCCACUGAUGCUGCCGAAGGGCAGAGAUCCCUGGACGUGUCAGACAGUGAUGGGCCAGUUUCCCUCCCGUCGGACUCCAGCCAAAGCCAGCUUCCCUCUGGGGCUGCCCUCAGAGGGUCCCGAAGCCCUGAGGACCACAACCACUGUUUGCUGCGCUCCUUCAUCCGUGCAAGGGGCUCAGCGGGAGAGGGCGGUCUGGUGAGCAGCCAGGCCCUGGGGGUCUCCUCUGGACCGCUGAGAACACGCGCCUCCUUGCCGGCGAUGUUGGACCAGCGGGCAUUCUCGGAUCCAGAUGCCGAAGGGCAGCCUCCCAGGAGAGGAGGAGAGCAGGGAAAAGAGUCGCUCGUGCAGUGUGUGAAGGCAUUUUGCUGUCAGCUGGAAGAGCUGAUCUGCUGGCUGUAUAAUGUAGCAGACGCUGCUGACCACCUGACUGCAUCCAGGUCCAGCCUUACAGGCCUCAAGUCUUCUCUGCAGCUUUACCGGCAAUUUAAGAAAGAUAUAGAUGACCACCAGUCCCUGACGGAGAGCGUCAUACAGAAAGGGGAGAUUCUACUUCAGUGCCUGUUGGAUAAUACCCCAGUGUUAAAGGACAUCCUCGGGAGGAUCUCCAGGCAGCCCAGCGAGCUGGAGAGCCAUGCAGAUCACCUGUAUGACACUAUCUUAGCCUCUCUGGACACACUGGCUGGCUGCACCCUCAUCCCCGACAACACACCAAUGGCACACAGGAGCGCCAGUGUGAAGGGGAUUAGCCUGGCAUCUUCUCAGGAAGAGAUGUAAUCUGUAAGCCAAAAUCUGGCUAUUGGGAAACUUUCAGAAGUCCUUAUUCUCAUUUGAGGAGGGUGCUUAAGAAAGGAAGAUCUUUUAAGUUUAUAAAGAAAUGAACAAGUCACCUGAACCCAGAGAAGGUAACAUUAGAAGUUAUAAAGCAGACUUCUGAUAGCCCCUCAGAAUAAAACAUUUAAUACAAAAUUAGCCUCUUUAAGAGAAGUUGUGGACUUUAGUUUUGGGGGCUGAGCCACAUAAUCUUAACACCAUCUCGUCCACCUUGGCGUGAACUAAAAUCCUAUGAACGUGACUUUUCUUCAAAAUUUCUCAGACUUUAUGCUGGAAAAUGAGCUGUAAGUUCUAAUAUUUAAAGAUUAACUAUGAAGUAAAACUAUAUAUAAUUCAAUAGUAGCUAUAUAAAAUGCAGUAUUUCAAGUGCCUCUGUUACUCUGGUAUGAUUUAUCAUAAUGCGUAAGUAAGGGCAUGAUCAGAACUAAACUGUGUAUUAUGAUUCUGCCAUCUCUAUUUUAAUCUUGGUUCCACACAUAGUGAGAUUUAAAAAGACAAAACACCUUCCUAGCAGAUAAUUAUAUAUGUAAAAUAUUCUUAAAAGCCUAGAAUUGGUUAAAAAGGUCUAUCUAAUGGCCUCUGUUCUUAAAUUGAUAUAUUUCACCUUCUCUCUGUGGCUAUAAAUUGGUACAUGCCUUUCCAAUGAGUGUGUUACAGGAUAGCCCUUGGGAGUUAAACCCAUUUAUUUACUAACAAACAUUUGAUCGGCAUGAAAGUAAGUCUUACUAGUCAGCAAAAAAAUUGAAGAUGACAACCCUAUAGAAACUAACUGGCUGAUGGUAUUUUAUAGCAGUUGAAUGCUGAACAUGCCAUUCUACCAUUCAACCUGAUAAUUAUAAUCAGCUUCAGCUGACAGGAAUUUUCACAGACUAUUUUAUUUCGGAGUACCCUGUUUCCCAACAAAGUACUGCUUUUACCUAGAGAUGAUCUAAGAUACUUUUGUUCACCUCCUUUGAAAUAAGGUGUGACUGAAGGGUGCCUACUCUGGACCUAGUUGUGAAUGUCACUGAAGCGUAUCAACACAGCUGGUAAUGAUGUCUUCGGCAGUGCUGUAAGAAGUUUAAGACCCCCCCUUACAACUCAAGCUGAAAUUGUUUCUGACUAGGAAGACGCUGCCAGCAGCAUUCCAUGAGCAAAUACAGCCAGGUUAGAUUCAAGUGGCCUGGCUGGCCAGUGCACUGUGGUACAUAUUACCUUAAGGACAGCAGUGGCUUACAGUGACAUAUCAUGUAGUUCCAAAAUCCCAAGUUUACCUGUAUUAUAAUUUCCUAGUAGUCCCCUUAAAUUAGUAGAACUUAAGUCCACAGGGAAGUGGCAGUACUAGGAGCUGGAUUGGCAGUUUCAAAACCUGGCUUCUUGUUGAAGCUCCAUGGCUAAGCUCAUCUGCAGAUAGGAGACAGUGUCAAUACAGGGCUGUUUUGAAGCUUAAAUGGGAACAUAAAGAAGGGCCGAUGUAAAAUAUGCUGCAAUGGCAACAUACAUGCCAAAGGAAAUUUUGGUCCAAGGUCAAAGAACAGGAAGUUACUGCUCAUACCAGAAUGGCUAUCAUCAUUCUGUAAGGAUUCCCAGAGACUGUGACUGCUUAGGUUUAGAACACUCUUCACUUCUGUAAGCUAAUUCAUGGCAGCCACUUAAUAUUUAAAAUAUGGCAAGCAAUAAUUCCCUUUACUGAGUUGAACGGAUUAUUAAAAGCCCAUAAUAGCUUGAAAUAUUUGUACUUGAAAAUAAUGGGGGUAGGAAUGGGAAUUUUUUUUCCCCCCGAAACUGCAUUUAUUGGCAAAUUCAAAAUAGCAAGUAGUGAAGCAUGCUGAAACAUCUUGCAGUAAGCCCCAGUCUGGACUGCCAUGGGGGAAAAAGAACACUAGAAUUUUCCAAACUAAAUAAGUAUGUAAAUGUGCUUACAUCUCAAAUUCACGUAAUGUUUUUUGCUAACUCACCAAGAAUAAGCUGACAGUUUGAACAACUUGCUGUAUAAAACUGAACUACAUCACACUUCUAACAUUUGUAUCAUCUACUUUAAAACACAGUUUCUGAAUUCUUUCCCCCCGUAUACUGUAUUGAUAAGGCAAAAAAACAAACCUUCUGAAGCAUUAAAAAAAAAAUCUUUACCCAAAUACUACUGGUAACUUGAGUAAUUUUUCAGUUGCCUUAUGUGAGGAUGAAUAGAUCCAACAAGCACAUCUAUAAUACAAAGUAAACUGUGAUUUUAUUGUGAAAUUCUCAUAGAUGGAAAAUUAAAUUGAAUAUUUAUUCUGUCCAUUUCAUUUUACAAUAAUCUUACCACUUAUUUUUGUACCGUGUAUUUCAAUUGCCUGUUUAGUGAAAAUAAAGAAACCUAUAAUUUUUGGCUUGUUUUAGCUUAAAUUUUACCAUUGAAUUAAAGACCCCACCACGAAAUGCGUUGCCAACAGCCA